GGUUCCGUGUUCGGAGUGUAGGAACCAAAGUCAUUUGCCCAAUGGAAAUUCCACCUGAAAAGAGGUGAGCAUCAAGGAUAACGAGGUAUAUAACUCAAUCACGAUGGCUGUGGGGAGACACCUUGAGGAGGAUUUCGAAGUUCCAUCUGACAAGGAGACCAAGAGCGUGACCGAAAAGAAAGAAUCAGUCGAGAACCCCGGCUUUUUGAUGGAAACAAAACCCAAAAGUUUGGUGAAUGUGAAUGAAGAGCGGCCAGAUGUCAAGGAGAAUGCAUUCAUAGUCACGAGUAACAAGAAGGAAUAUGAUGACAUCAAAAGUCUAAACAAACCUGCACCGAUGUCGAAUGACACCUCUGGCAAGCACACAUGGAUCAUAUGUCAAAGGCGUGGAUCAUUAACCGAUUUUGUGCAAGGACGACGAGAAGAGUCCGACAAAUCCCACAUGUGUGCCUCCACGGUUCAUUCGUGCUCAAGGAGCCAAAUGCGUCUACCAUUGCACCAUGAACGCCUCAAGGCGGAACACCGUCUUAAACCCAAGGACAAUCAAGAAGGAUGAGCCUUUUGAACGAGGAGAGGCGCGAGAACGAAAUCUUCAUACACUUGGCGAAUAUCUCGACAAAACCCGCAAUCAAGGUAUGGAAAAUUUGACUUACGUAUUUAACGAUGCUGACUUGGACCCGUUUGAUGUAGGUAAGCAUGUUUUGAGGACAAAACCUUCUCAAGGGGGAGGGAAUGAUGAGGACAUCGGAGCAGCCAACAGCUUGGAGGCGGAUGAGGAUGGGAGCUUAACGGAAGGAGCUCUCCGGGAUGAUGAAGACUCGGCCUCUCAGGUGCCGGGAGAAGUUCCGAAUGAUCAACACGUUACACGAUCAUUCGAAGCCGCAAGAACGGGAAGUGACGUGCACCACGCGAUGGCUCAACGAGCAAGCCCUAGAGCCGAGCCUCCCCUCACUCGUGCUAGAGCUCGAGCCCUUCGUGUCACGCUAACCAAGGCUGUCACUCAAAGUUCUUCACGGAUUCCGGGUUCACGACAACAAUGAUGCACCAUUAUUCGGACGAGAAGUGACCCGGAACAAUUUCAGCAUUAAGUCCAAAUUGCCUAAGCCCUAGAACACGGCCUUAAUCAAUUUUCGGCCCAAGAAGAAAGCCCACGGUCCAGCCCAUCAGCAGCCCAAAGGAAGGAGCUUUCCCAACAGCUCUUUUCUACCACCUACUCACCAUUAAUGCACGUGGGCUGCAUGUUGUUUAACAUUUAUGUCUU